ACUACGGCCCAAUUUGCUUAGUCUGAAUGAGCUUCCCAAGCCUAGAAACACUGUGCGUCUCGGCUGCGACCGAGAGCACGCACUGGAAACUGCAGCGGCGAUACCUGGAGCGCCUUCCUGAGCACGCCGCCAAUGAGCUGCUCGCACUGCUGUUGGUACGGCAACCCAGCGAGCUCAGGCCAGCCACUCUCGAGCUAUUUCGGCACUGCGUGACGCGGCUGGAGCUGCGGCCGCCGCCACCGCCGGGUGGGGCGGCUGUAGCAGGCGGCGGCGGCGGCGGAGGCGGUGGUGCUGGUGUGGCAGGGCAGGCUGUAGCAGCAGCGAUCACUUUCGGGCCAGACUGGGCGGCUGCGUUGGCGGGAUUCAACCACCUCGCCGAGCUGCGGAUGUCCGGCUGUAGCAGGCUCACUGUCGCCGCACUGCAGGCCCUGCUACUGCCGGCGCCCGCCAUGGCCAAGACACAUGCGUCUGCCGCGACAGCCGCUGACAACGCAGCGGCAACUGCCAGCGGCUGGCAGCUACAGCCACCGUGCCGCUCGCCAGCCGCCGCCUCGCUACGGCGACUGGAUGUCAGCGGCUGUAGCAAGCUGGGUGACGAGGCGGCGGCGCUUAUGGCUCGCUGUUGCGACGGCGGCGGCUGUAGCAGAAGCCAGGACGGCGUGGGGGGCUGGGGCCCAGGGCUGGGCGGCGGCGUGACGGCAGUAGCAGCAGGGCUUGUGUCACUUGACAUUUCAGAGACGUCUGUAACGGGUGCGGGGCUUCGGCACCUGAGUGCGCUGACGGGCCUCACGGAGCUCCGUGCUGGCGGGCUUAAGGCGUGCAGCGACGCCGACUGGUGCGCGCUGCUGCCGCACCUGCCCGCCUUGCGGCGGCUGGACGCCUGGGGCACGGACGCGGGCGACGGCGGCGACGGCGGAGAACAGCUCCUGGCCGUGCUGGCCACAACUGGCGCCGCCGCCGCCGCCGCCGCCGCUGAUGAUGGCAGUAGCGCUGUUCUAUCCAGAGGUGGUGGCGGCUGCGGCAGUAGCAGUAUGGGCAUGCACCGACUUGAGCAACUGAGCCUGGCGUGGACGCAAGUGCGCGUGGCGCCGGCGUUUCCGGCGCUGCAGGUUCUAGAUCUGCGGCACUGUCAAUUAGAGGACGUGUGGUGGCCGGGCGGCAGCGGCGGCGCAGCUCCGCUGCCGCUGCGGCAGCUGCUGCUGCGUGGCGCGGUGGUGUCGGGGCGGGCGGCGGCGGCCGAGUCGGGCAUUGCGGCACUGGUCCGACACGCCGCUGCCACACUAGAGUUGCUAGACCUGGCUGACGUUUCCGCACCCACAGCAGCAGCAACAAUAACAUUAGCCGGAGGAGGAGGAGGUGCCGUGUGGCCGCUGCCGCUGGCGGCGCUGGCGGGGCGGCGCGGGGAUGGCAGCGAUAGCAGUGGUGGCGGCUGCGGCGGCGGCGGCGGCCAUGGGGGCGGCGGCGCGCCCCGGCUGACGCACCUGGACAUCAGCCGUACGGCAGUGCCCGCUGAGCAGCUGGAGGAGCUGCAGCACGCGCCGGCGCUGGCGAAGCUGGUCGCGGCCGGGUGCCGUGGCGCAGGGAGCGCACGCGGCGCGGCGGCGCUGGUGUCGGCAGGACUGCGGCAGCUGCGGGAACUGGAUCUGUCGGCGGCGGGUGUCGGUGACGACUGCGUGUCAUGGCUGCAGCAGCUCAGCUCCCUCACCUCCCUCAACCUCUCCGGCAACACCGCCCUGUCGUUGGCGCCGCCGCCGCCGCCACCGCCGCUACAGCCGCUACAGCCGCCCGCACAAGAGCAAGGGCAGCAGCAGCAACAACAACAGCAGCAGCAGCAGCAGCAGCAUCUAGAUGCGGAGGCAGAGGAAGAAGAGCGGGUAGACGCCAUGGCGGACGUGUGGCGGCGGGACGAACGGCCAGCAGCAGCGCGGGAAGAAGCCGGCAGUAGCAGCAGGCGCAGUAGCAGUAGCAGCUCCGGGGAAGGCGAGGACGGCUGUAGCAGCAAUGGCAGUAGUAAUGUGUGGCCGCAGCUACUGCGCCUCAACCUGCUGGGUACGCGGGUCACGGAGGCUGGGCUCCGAGCGCUGCUGCCAGCACUGGCCGGAGGCGGCGGCUGGGGCAGAGGGCCGCGUGGAGGCGAUGGCGGCAGUGUCGGCAGCGGCGGCGGUGACUUUAGCAGGCCGCCGGCAGCCUCAGCCCUUGAGCAGUUGAAGCUGGGAGGCGGCGGUUUCACAGACGGCGCCGCGGCGGUGCUGGCGGCGGCGCGGCUGCCGCGGCUGCACAGCCUACUUGUGCGGGACGCUCCUCUGUCCGGGCACGGGGCGCUGCUGCUGGCGGCCUCAGGCGGCGGUGGCGGCGGGCUAGGUGGCGGCGGCGGCGGUGGCGGCCUGACGGCACUCCGCCGCCUGGAGCUUCAGGCGUGUUGGCUGGUGUCUCCCCAAGAUGCAGUCCGCAUGGCUGACUGCAUGGCGGCGACCGCAUCCGCCGCGGCUGCAGGCACGGCGGCGGCGGGGCCGCCGGUGCUGGUCGUCGUUAACGGGAAGGCGGCGGGCGCUGCCGCGGCAGCGGCGCCUGCCGGGCUGACAGGCUCAUCGGUGGCGGCGCGCUCGGGUGCUACCUCCCUCCACAUCGCUACGCCUGCGGGGAGGAAAGCAGUAGCGGCGGCGGCAGCAACAGCGGCACGGGCCGGUGCUGUAGCAAGCGCGGCGGCGGGGGCGGCGGCGGCGGGCGACUUGUCGGCGUACGACCAACGGCUGCGCUACAGCCGCCAGGAGCUCAUCACAGUGCUGGCGGCGGCGCCGCUGGCAGGCGGUGGCGGCGGCGGCGCCGCCGGCUGUAGCUGGCCGGAGGAGCUGGGUGAGGCGCCGGCUACAGCCACAGCGCUGUCGGGAAGGCAGCCGGUGGUUGGUGCAGUGGCGGCCGGCACAGCGGUACCUGCAGUGAAGGCGGCGGCGCAAACGGCGGCGGCGGCUCGGGCAGCUGUUGUGGCGGUGCUCCCAGCGGACUUGCUGCGGCCCGUCGGUGCGGCCUAGAGGCGGCCUGGGGGCCUCAGAGGGACACGGUGUGGCAUAGGGGUGGAUUAGGGGCAAAGCAGUGCCAGGUGUGCCCCCGUUCCCGGGCGGCAUGUGGGAGAGCGCUCCAGGACGUGAGGUAGGCGCCCGCAGUGGCAAGUGAGCAACGCUGUGAAGGGCGUGCAGCCUUGUCAGGCUGUUGCUGCUGGGUGGAGGAGGCUGGAGGAGGUGCUGCUGGUGGAGGUGCUGCUGGGUGGAGGAGGCGGGACGGUACGCCUAGGCUGAUGGCUUGAAGCUCAGUCCGCAGGUCCAAGUAGCGCAGCUGGCGGGGUGGCGGCAGCAGGGCGGUGCUGGUGGUGGUGCUGGUGGCGGUGCUGGUGGUGCUGGAUGUCGAGGGGGCAGCAGUUGGAGACGGACAACGAAGCGAAAGCGCGGUGCUCUUGGGGCAACGUAGCGAUCUUGGUAUGGACUAAGGUGUCCACGGAUGUACAUUGCAACACGGGUGGCCCGAAUUACGCCCAUACACCGUCCAAGGGGGCCUUGUGCAAAGACCAAGGCGCCAUGGAUCCAUGACGCACGAGACUGGCAUCGUGUGUGUGGAACAGUGGAAGCCGCUUAGGGAAAGC